UUUAAUAUACAAUAUGGAAGAAUUAUACACCAAAGUGCCUUGUAGAGAAAACCAGUUACAUGAUUUAUUCAAUUUACUCGGUGAUGACGACGAACCGUUACCGUAUUCUUUGUUUAUAAGUGGCAGUAUGGCAACGGGUAAAAGUUUGUGUGUAGAGUCUGUUAUAAAAUAUUUGGGGUACAAACAUGUUGUUGUUGAUUGUAUUGAAUGCUAUUCACAAAAACUGAUGUACGAAACCAUCAUAUCUGAACUAGAAUGCGAUUUAGAUGUAAAAUGUGACACUAUGCUAGAUUUCACUAAUGCAUUAAAUCGACUAGGAAAUAGUGCUACCCGGUAUAAACCUAUUGUGUUAGUGUUUGAUAGAGCUGAGAGACUCCGAACUAUGGAUCAGAACGUGAUGUGCGCAUUUCUAAGACUUCGGGAGUUAUGUAACUUGAAUAUAUGUACAAUUUUUGUCACGCAUCUCGUUUACGAUAACUUUUACUUCAGAAUGGGUGCCCGGGAGCCUAUAAAGAUUUACUUUCCCAAUUACAACAAAGAGGAGCUAUUUAAAAUAAUAUUUUUACAUCAAAAAUCAUUAAUUCGCCAUGUACUCAACAAUCAUGAUGUAGACGGAGCGACAAAAGAAGAACUUGAAAAACCAGAGUUAUUCGCAAACUUUCUGAAUGCAUUUCUCAGCGUGUUCUAUAGACCGUGUCGAGAUUUAAUUGAAUUACAGCAUAUGGCGCGUGUAGAUUUCAUGAAAUACUGCGAGCCUAUAAUUAAACAUGAAAUACAAGCUCAAGAUUUAUCUAAAUUAUGGAGACACAUAUCACCCAUACUGAAAACUAGUUUAGAGUUGUUAUAUUUACGUAUAAGUUCGUCAAAGGUCACAAAAUCUUCUCCAGGUAAAGAGAAUACUGACUAUGAAUGUCAAGAAAGCUAUAACUUUGAGCAUACUCUGAAAGAUGAGCUCACAUCAACAAAAACGUUUGCGCAGAGUUUUGAGUUGCCAUAUUAUGCUAAGUUCUUGCUAAUAGCAGCUUAUCUGGCUAGCUACAACCCCCCCAAGGAGGAUAAGAGGUUGUUCAUGAAGAACCAUGGCAAGCAAAGGAAGCGUUUACAGCAGGUUAAAGCAAAAGCCAAAAUAAGUGAAAAACUGAAUACACAACUCGGACCUAAAGUGUUUACACUGGAUCGUUUGCUAGCUAUAUUCUAUGCAAUAUUACAGGACAAGAUCGGUCUGACGAGCAACUUGCUAGCUCAGAUUGCGACGUUGGUAGAACUAAAACUGAUUGCGGGCAGUAAAGAGAUGGACUUGGAUGUUUCAAAGUACAAAUGUAUAGUUGGUUAUGAUUUCAUAUCGGCUGUGGCUCAAACAGUUGGGUUCAAUGUCAGAAAAUAUUUAUAUGAUUUCAUAUGACGCUUAUUAUGUUUUUGAACAGAUUUGGGAAUGAUAAUGCUCUUUUAUUUAUUGUAAUAAUUUGUG